AUGCUCCCCGAUGGCACCUGCACCAGGCUCCCGGGCGGUGCAGGCAGCGACAGCGGCGGCGGAGACAGCGGUGGCGGCGGAGCCGGCAGCGCCUCGGAGGAGGCGGCGGCGGGGGGCAUGGACUCGGGCGGCAGGAACUCCUCUGGCGCCCCGAACAGCACCCUGAGCGAGUCUCAGGGCAGCGCCAUCCUCAUCUCAUUCAUCUACUCCGUGGUAUGCCUGGUGGGGCUGUGCGGCAACUCCAUGGUCAUCUACGUGAUCCUACGCUAUGCCAAGAUGAAGACGGCCACCAACAUCUACAUCCUCAACUUAGCCAUCGCGGAUGAGCUGCUGAUGCUCAGUGUCCCCUUUCUCGUCACCUCCACCCUGCUGCACCACUGGCCCUUUGGGUCCCUGCUCUGCCGCCUUGUGCUCAGCGUGGAUGCCAUCAACAUGUUCACCAGCAUCUACUGCUUGACUGUGCUCAGUGUGGACCGCUACAUCGCUGUGGUGCACCCCAUCAAGGCAGCUAGGUACCGCCGGCCCACUGUGGCUAAGAUGGUCAAUCUGGGUGUCUGGGUACUUUCCAUCCUUAUCAUCCUGCCCAUCAUCAUCUUCUCCAACACAGCGGCCAACAGUGAUGGAACGGUGGCUUGCAACAUGCUCAUGCCAGAGCCCACCCAGAGGUGGCUGGUGGUCUUUGUGGUCUACACCUUUCUCAUGGGCUUCUUGCUGCCUGUGGUGGCCAUCUGCCUCUGCUACAUCCUCAUCAUUGCCAAGAUGCGCAUGGUGGCCCUGAAGGCUGGCUGGCAGCAACGCAAACGCUCGGAGCGCAAGAUCACCCUCAUGGUCAUGAUGGUGGUGAUGGUCUUCGUCAUCUGCUGGAUGCCAUUCUACAUCGUGCAGCUGGUCAAUGUCUUCGUAGAGCAGGAUGAUGCCACCAUCAGCCAGCUCUCUGUCAUCUUGGGCUAUGCCAACAGCUGUGCCAACCCCAUUCUCUAUGGUUUUCUCUCGGACAACUUCAAGCGGUCCUUCCAGCGGCUGCUCUGCCUCAGUUGGAUGGACAAUGCUGCAGAGGAACCCAUCGACUACUAUGCCACUGCUCUCAAGAGCAGAGCAUACAGCGUGGAGGACUUUCCCCCAGACAACUUGGAGUCAGGGAGCAUGUACAGGAAUGGCACUUGCACCUCCAGGAUUACCACCCUCUGA